AUGGUAGUGACCUCUUCUGCCCUUCUCCUCCUCUUUUCUCUCUGGAGACACAAAAGGCACAUGCAGACAAACUCAGGGAAGAAUCUCAAUGUGGAUGCACACAUCAAAGCCAUGAAAAACAUUAUGUUCUUCCUCUUCAUUUACAGCAUUAACUUUACAUAUUUGGCCUUGAAUAUGAUGACAAAGAAGGAUGAUCAUGUGAAUUUUUUCAUUUCAGUACUUCAGUAUACUUUUCCGACUGUCCAUUCCCUUAAUCUGAUUUUGAGUAACCCCAAACUGGAAAAGACACUGCUGAAGGCUCUGUCCUGUGUGAAGUGCAAGGUUAUCAUGAGGAAGGAACUGUAA